AUGUCAAAGGACCCCUUUGAGGAUUCUGACUACAUCUGUUCCUUUGGAAUGAAGCUGACCUGGGAUAUCAAUGACCCCAACUUACCACAGGAGCCCAAGAACUUCGAUUCUUUCCAGGAAUGGCCAGAUGGUUAUUUGCGGUUUAUCUACUCCAAUGAGGAUAAAAAUGCACAGCGGCAUCUCAGUGGUUGGGCCAUGCGCAACACCAACAACCACAACUGCCAAAUCCUCAAGAAGUCCUGCCUUGGUGUGGUGGUAUGUGCCAGAAAUUGCACCCUUCCAGAUGGGACCAAGCUGCAGCUCCGGCCUGCCAUAUGCGAUAAGGCUCGACAAAAGCAACAAAAAAAACAUUGUCCAAACUGCAGUUCAGCUCUUGAGUUAAUUCCUUGUCGAGGACAUAGUGGCUAUCCAGUAACUAACUUUUGGAGACAUGAGGGCAAAGCAAUAUUUUUCCAGGCCAAAGGACUACAUGACCACCCUAGACCAGAGAGUAAAUCAGAAACAGAGGUGAGAAGAAGUGCCCUCAAAAAGCAAACACCGUCUUCUCACUCAUCCCAGAAAAAAAGGCUUCUGGAUUUUCAGACAGGACUCUGUAAUGAGAAUGGGAAUCACUUUCACUACAUUCAUCAUUUCGCAUGUGAAGAAGUACCUGAAAAUUUCAGCAUAGUCACAGACGCCAACCUGCCGUUGUUAGCUCAGUCUCACCAUUUCUUUCAAAAUACAGAGCCAAACAAUAUUACUUACGAUGUAACCAGCUUUCAAGGGGAUGUGGUAGAACCACUUCAGAAGUACCCAAGCCCCAAAGUCUAUACAUCUAAAACAAGCUGUAGCUAUGAAUGUACCUUUCCUGGUUAUGUAGGGUCCAGUUUUUAUCCAACAUUUCACAAAGAUAUGGUGGACAUUCCAGCAGAUCCUGAUCACAUCAUGCUGAGUGGACUACAAUAUCAUGUAAAUACACUCAACGCCCAUGAGAAGAACUUGGAUAACAUGUAUAAACAUCAUGGAUUCCAACAGUCCUCGGGGGAAAUGGACUAUGAAGGAAGAAUUAACUAUGGAACAUGCCAGUCCAGUGCUAAUCAUCCCCAUUAUUCUGAAGAAUAUACUUGUAGAUAUAGUAGUCUUUCAUCUUUGGAAGUUCCAGCUUUGCAAACUGUUAUAACUACUACUACUAAGAUGUCUCUUGAAGCUUACAAACCUGCUGCAGCAAAGUAUGGCGAUAAUGUGUACACUGUAAAAGAUUUUGUAAGCUGUCCCCUGGCAGAGAACCUUUCAGAAAAUGUCUGUCCACAGAUAAACUUUCAAGAAGAGUGGGCAAUGGACAGAUCAAAUCUGAUGGGUGAACAUUUUCUGACCACUAAUAAGGCAGCAGCAGCAGCUGUGGAUACUUGUCAGGACAGCCCUAACACAGAAAAAAGUUAUGCAGCAUACGAAGAACAGAUAUUCAGAUUUGAGAACACUGAAUACUAA